AUGCCAGGGUCCACAGCUGUGGUCGACAGCAACUCGCCUAUUCCUGAACAUUUUGAAACUGAUGAAAAAUAUUUGAAGUCGAAUACCAACCGCAACUCAAAACGAAAGAAGAUCUCCACAACGUUUGCUCUAAUUAACUUCUUAAAGGGUAUGAUUGGGCCUGGAUGCCUGGCUUUACCUCUCGCUUUCAAACAAGCUGGUCUUUGGUGUGCCUUCACAGUUGUCUUUAUAUUCGGUAUCAUAGCAGCUUUGUGUAUGAUAAAGCUUGUUGUUAGCGCACAAUAUCUGUGUGAAAGGUAUAAAUGCGGGCCGCUGGAUUACGGACAGUUAGGGCAGGAAGCGUUCAACAGUCAUAAACAGUUACGAAAGUUCAAAUAUGUGGCAAGAUGGAUCAUAAACAUCUGUUUGAUUCUGUCACAGCUGGGUAUCCUUAGCGUCUACUAUAUAUUCAUCGUCGAUCAUUUUAAGGAGGUUGUUGAAAUCAUUUGGCCACAAAGCACUAUUCAUCGUAAUAUUUACUUUCUUUUCACAUUACCGGCUCUUCUUGUAUUGUCUUUGGUUCGAAGUCUUUACGUACUGUCACUGUUUUCGCUGAUAGGCAACGUCUUCGUGUUCACAAGUUUGGCGAUAAUUUUGAGUGAAUUGGUUACCUUCAAGCACAUUCCAACCUACUCUCUACCAGCAUUUACUAGCCUCAAUGGACUAUUUCUAGCUGCCGGCUCCAUAUUGUACGCUUUAGAAGGGAUCGCAACGGUGCUGCCACUUGAGAACAAAAUGAAGCAUCCGAAGGAGAUGACUGGUUAUACUGGAGUGUUAUCCACUGGCGCCUCUUUGGUCACAAUAAUCUACGCUGCUUGCGGAUUUUACGGCUAUAUAACUUUUGGCGAUGCUGUACAAGGAUCUAUCACACUGAAUCUAUCAAAUUCUCCGCUGAACGUUGCGGUGAAAGCUAUGCUGCUGUGCGUUGUCUAUACUAGUUUUCUCAUUAUGCAGUACCCUUUGAUAGUGCUAAUUUGGCAGCUAGCCAAGAGACCGCUUCGAAAACGAAAUGUUAGAAGAUGUUGGAUAAUCGGCCUCGAAUACUGCUUCCGAUUUUCUUUGGUCUUUCUCGUACUUGGACUCGCCUGGUUGAUACCGAAUCUCGAACAGAUCAUUCCACUUGUGGGAAUCAUAGCAGGCAUGCUACUCGGGCUUGUAUUUCCUUCCUUGAUAGAAACUAUAGUUUUUAUGCAAAAAUGGUGGAGAGAGAUGGCUCUCCCAAAGCUGAUUAUAAUCAUGAUUUUGAACACUUUUUAUCUCGUUCUAGGUAUAUUUUUUAUUGUUACGGGUAUAGACGCAAAUAUUGAGAAUUUGAAACGCGGAGUCUCACACUGA